AUGGAGAGAGACAGCAGAAACGAGAAGUUAUUCUCCAGAAAGAGAAGUUUCACUUUUGGGGCAUAUGGAGGGUGAGUAACAGUCACAGUACUGAGAACUAAUUAAAAUGCUUUCGUUCUAGUGUCAAAAUUAAAUCUUGAAUUAUAAAUGUUGUUCAUAGAAGUAGUCCUUAAUGUCAUGCGGCACAUUGUCUAAGGAGUUACCACUUCCCCUAUUCACAGUGUGGACAAGUUCAUAUCUGAAAAUGAGAUUAGGUGAGUGAAACUUAAUAAUAACUUUAUUUACCUUUAUCCACAUUUAAUGUUGUUUCCUUCUCACUGGUCAUUUUGCACUGGAUUUAGCGGUUGAUACACUUGCAGUUGAUGAAUGGAAAAAGUGAUGGGUUGCAUUGCUUUGCUCUGUCAUUCCACCUGUUGCAGCAGACCGGAACCUUUAGAACACAGCAUUCUGGAUAUUUUGGACUCCCCUACCAGCGAGACCAAACCGUUCCUCUCUGUUGGCAGCAACCAGAAGGUAAAAGGACUUAAUCUGCUAUGGCCAUAUCCUUUCAUCAUCGUCAUUAUAUCCUUUUUGCAUUUGUUGAUCGCAUCAUCACAAAUUUAGUCUCCCUGCACUUCCCUGCAUCUGUCUUUGUCUAACGUUGUUCACCUUUCUCUCCCUGCUUCUCCCUGAACCUCCUUUCUCUGUCUGUCUGUCUGUCUGUCUGUCUGUCUGUCUGUCUGUCUGUCUGUCUGUCUGUCUGUCUGUCUGUCUGUCUGUCUGUCUGUCUGUCUGUCUGUCUGUCUGUCUGUCUGUCUGUCUGUCUGUCUGUCUGUCUGUCUGUCUGUCUGUCUGACUCUUUCUGUCUGUCUGACUCUUUCUGUCUGUCUGACUCUUUCUGUCUGUCUGACUCUUUCUGUCUGUCUUUGUUUGUCUGUCUGUCUGUCUGCCUGUGUGACUGUCUAUCUGUGUUUUCCAUGUAAGGUGACAGAGCUGUUUGAGAUCAUUGAGAAGUUGCAGGUGAGUGUACAGCACCAUUCCCCCUCUGUUUUGUGUAGUCUCUGUGUGUACAACAGUUCUCUCUCCAGUUAUUCAAUCAGUCAGUCACUGUUACCUUCACUCUCCUUCAUCAGGGCAGCAGGCUCGAUGAACAGCGUUGUGAAUUCCCUCUGCCUUUGAGGGUGAGUCUUUCUCCUAAAAUAUAAUGGCAAGAUUUGUGUGCACACGUGUGGCAUGUAUGUGGCAUGUUCAACUUUCUUUCCAUUGAACAUGGGAUACAAAUAAAGGCAUUUAAAAUAAUUGACCUUCUCAAUGAUACAGACAUUUUGUUCCCUAAAACACUGACGUCACAAUAGCAAUAACACUCAUACCAGCAUAUAUAAAACGUAUUAUUAGGUAUGCUGGUGCAACCAUGAGCACGUCAGUUCAAACAUCAUCCUACGGAAACUGCUAGAUCUACAGUUAAUUGGAUACACCACAGACUUUUAAAUUAUCAUCUCACCCUUUUUAAAGUCUCAGCUUUUGAAGAUAGGUCGUGAUCUUCCUCUGAUCCUGCCUCCAAAGCUGGGUGGUUACUGGAUAGACCCCCCGCUACAGAAGUUUGCUGAGACCAGUCCGACAUCCUCUCAUUACGGACUAGACCCAGAGACCUAUGACAUCAUGGAGAGAGACAGCGAGGCCACAUACUACCAGGAGUUCUUCCGCUCACGAGUUAGUAGAGUACCACCCAUAGAACUAUUCUUAUUCUGUUCUAUUGGAUGGUAGAGAUGGACUAUGAUCCAAUAUGAUGAAAUACAUACAUACAGUGCCUUGCAAAAGUAUUCAUCCCCCUUGGCGUUUUUCCUAUUUUGUUGCAUUACAACCUGUAAUUUAAAUGGAUUUUUAAUUGGAUUUCAUGUAAUGGACAUACACAUAAUAUUCCAAAUUGGUGAAGUGAAAUUAAAAAAAUAACUUGUUUCAAAAAAUUCUAAAAAAUAAAUAACGGAAAAGUGGUGCGUGCAUAUGUAUUCACCCCCUUUGCUAUGAAGCCCCUAAAUAAGAUCUGGUGCAACCAAUUACAUUCAGAAGUCACAUAAUUAGUUAAAUAAAGUCCACCGGUGUGCAAUCUAAGUGUCACAUGAUCUGUCACAUGAUCUCAGUAUAUAUACACCUGUUCUGAAAGGCCCCAGAGUCUGCAACACCACUAAGCAAGGGGCACCACCAAGCAAGCGGCACCAUGAAGACCAAGGAGCUCUCCAAACAGGUCAGGGAAAAAGUUGUGGAGAAGUACAGAUCAGGGUUGGGUUAUAAAAAAAUAUCAGAAACUUUGAACAUCCCACGGAGCACCAUUAAAUCCAUUAUUAGAAAAUGGAAAGAAUAUGGCACCAUAACAAACCUGCCAAGAGAGGGCCGCCCACCAAAACUCACGGACCAGGCAAGGAGGGCAUUAAUCAAAGAGGCAACAAAGAGACCAAAGAUAACCCUGAAGGCGCUGCAAAGCUCCACAGCGGCGAUUGGAGUAUCUGUCCAUAGGACCACUUUAAGCCGUACACUCCACAGAGCUGGGCUUUACGGAAGAGUGGCCAGAAAAAAGCCAUUGCUUAAAGAAAAAAAUAAGCAAACACGUUUGGUGUUCGCCAAAAGGCAUGUGGGAGACUUCCCAAACAUAUGGAAGAACGUACUCUGGUCAGAUAAGGCUAAAAUUAAGGUUUUUGGCCAUCGAGGAAAACGCUAUGUCUGGUGCAAGCCCAACACCUCUCAUCACCCUGAGAACACCAUCCGCACAGUGAAGCAUGGUGGUGGCAGCAUCAUACAGUGGGGAUGUUUUUCAUCGGCAGGGACUGGGAAACUGGUCAGAAUUUAAGGAAUGAUGGAUGGCGCUAAAUACAGGGAAAUUCUUGAGGGAAACCUGUUUCAGUCUUCCAGAGAUUUGAGACUGGGACGGAGGUUCACCUUCCAGCAGGACAAUGACCCUAAGCAUACUGCUAAAGCAACACUCGAGUGGUUUAAGGGGAAACAUUUAAAUGUCUUGGAAUGGCCUAGUCAAAGCCCAGACCUCAAUCCAAUUGAGAAUCUGUGAUAUGACUUAAAGAUUGCUGUACACCAGCGGAACCCAUCCAACUUGAAGGAGCUGGAGCAGUUUUGCCUUGAAGAAUGGGCAAAAAUCCCAGUAGCUAGAUGUGCCAAGCUUAUAGAGACAUAUCCCAAGAGACUUGCAGCUGUAAUUGCUGCAAAAUGUGGCUCUACAAAGUAUUGACUUUGGGGUGGUGAAUAGUUAUGCACGCUCAAGUUUUCUGUUUUUUUGUCUUAUUUCUUGUUUGCUUCAGAAUAAAACAUAUUUUGCAUCUUCAAAGUGGUAGGCAUGUUGUGUAAAUCAGAUGAUACAAACCCCCCAAAAAUCAAUUUUAAUUCCAGGAUGUAAGGCAACAAAAUAGAAAAAAUGCCAAGGGGGGUGAAUAGUUUCGCAAGCCACUGUACAUAGUAGCUGUGUGACUUUCUCUCCUAUGUCAGUAUCAUCACUCGUUCACAGCAGUGGACCCCUCCCUGGGACCCCUCCUUCUCUCUGUCUGUUUGGAGGAAGAAGAGAAGAGGCUGAGAGUAAUACUGAGGUUAUAUCAGAAAUAAUGGAAAUUGUUCAAUUAAUGUAAUGAAACACCCUGGUGAAUUCCAUGAGCAACAGUUAUUACAUGUUUGUCUUUCCUUUCCAGAAUGAGGGAAUGCUCUAUGCAUGGGGUUUUCUCUGUGUCUCUGUUCCCAAACAUCCCAUCUGCUGUGGAGCUGGCCAAGGUACCAUUACUAGUCUCUCCAACAGACGUGUGUAUUUUAGAUUAACCUUUAUUAUACUUUUACUGAAAGUAAUUACCAUCAUCGAAAAACCCCAAACUGACCAUGUCCUUUUCAGAUGCUAUGCGACAGUGUGACUGUGCCCAGAUUUGAUGUGGUCAGUUACCUCAAGGUACUUAUUUUUCACUGUACACAUUCCCAAAUGAUUUAGGCCUUCAUGUUACACAGAAUGUACUCUUCAAAUGACCUCUAAAACCUGAGACAAAUUUGACAAAAAUGUGUGCCCUCUCCUUCCCCUUUAUCUCUCUAUCUAUCCCUCUGCUUCUCCCUUCAUUUCUCCCUCUCCCUUCCCCUCUCUGUCUUUCAGGCACCAGAUCUUAUAACAGCAUUUGAUGAACACAGAGUGUCUCCGAACUUCAAGUUUGGUGUCUUGUAUCAGAGAGAGGGACAGGUAAAUAACUGGACCGCAGGCAGAAGCUUGGUAGCAUUAAAUAGGAGCACUAGUCUACAUUACAUCUCAUAUUUUCUCUCUAUCUUUUACAGUUGACAGAGGAGGACAUACUCUGUAACAAUGAGGAAAGUGAAGAGUUUCAAGAAUUCCUCUCUAUUUUGGGAGAUACAGUCACACUUCAAGGGUUCACUGGGUAAUUUACAGUAACCUACAUGGUGACAUGGCCUUAUGGAGAAAUUACAGAAAUAUGACAUUGUAACAGGAAGAGAUUAAUAAGAAGAUGCCAGCAGCUUACUGUCACUCCCCUCUCCCCGACGGCAUCUUCCCUCUUUCUCUCCCCCAUUCUCUCUCUCCCUCCCUCUCUUCAAGGUUCCGAGGAGGUUUGGACGUGUGUCACGGCCAGACAGGAAGUGAUGCGGUCUUCACUUCCUUCCACGGCAGAGAGAUCAUGUUCCAUGUGUCCACCAAACUGCCCUUCACAGAGGGCGAUACACAACAGGUUAGCUAGAAUAACGACAACUAAUCAUACUCACCCACAGUCAAUCACUUCAACCCAGCUCCAGUGGCUCCCUCUUACCCUCUGCUCAUUGCUCCUUACAGCUACAGAGGAAGAGACACAUCGGCAACGACAUCGUUGCUGUUGUUUACCAGGAGGGCCAAACCCCUUUUCUGUCUGAUGUCAUCGGUUCGCACUUCCUGCACUGUUUCCUAGUGGUCAGGAGGGUGAGGAAGGGAGUGGGGGGCGAGGGGGAGGAGGCAGGAGGAGGAGGGGUCUUCCAGGUAUGAAGAUAAAACAAAAGGAGAGACACAUUGAUCUCUUAUCACUGUAGUUAUUUUUAUUGGAAUGGAAAUACUUUUUCAAACCUGAAAGUGGUCUGUUUGCAGGUGUCAGUCGCAGCCAGAGAGGAUGUACCUCCCUUUGGUCCCUCCCUCCCUGAUCCUCCCAUAUUCACAGAGGUGAAUAGAAUUCACAUCUGAUCUUGGUGACAUGGUAAAAGACCAUGAUGCAUUCUCAGUGUGUCUCUGUUGGCCUCUCUUGCAGAGCUCCCUGUUGAGAGAGUUCCUCCUGACCAAGCUUAUCAAUGCAGAGAUCUCCUGUUAUAAGGCUGAGAGGUUCAGCAGACUUGAGGUAACCACAGAAGAACAACACUAACACCAUUAUACAUGUAUGCAGUAAUGCUUAAGGCAUUACAUGCACAGGUCCAAAGACUUUCUAGAUGCAAAACUGUUAUCUUUUUAUGUGGAACAGAAACCUAAUCAACAAGUCUUUCCUCUUCUCUAAUUCCUCUCUUCUGCUCCCCAUCUCUUACUUAACUCCUCUAUGCUGCCUCCUCUCCUCCCUCUCUCCUCUCAUCCUAUCUUUUCAAGCUGCGCACUCGUUCGUCCCUCCUGGAGGGUCUGCAGGCGGAACUGUCCACCCGCUCCCAGUGCAUGAUGGGAGAUUCGCCUGUGUCCGCCCUCUCGACUUCUGAGGGGAUGAAGGGUGUAACUGAGGGGAGUGGAGGGUUCAUCGAAAACUUUAAGGUGAAGUCAGACAUUCUUGACUUUUUCGCUACAGUAUGGGGAAAGGGUGGGUUUUGGACUUGGCAUCCAUAUUUCCUGUCUUUGUUGCAGAGAGCCAUAAGGGUGCGCAGUAAUUCUUUUGACACUCUUGGGGGGCCUAGAAAGACCGGCGGGGUGCCGAUCCCACAGAAGCCCAAGGUAACCCAUACUGAAGAUGGAAGCACUUUCUCUUUUUUUCACUGAAUAUCUUAUUGAUAUGUUUGUGGGAAAUACUGACCACCCCUGUUGGUUUUGUCUCCCUCGUCAGGCUGCUACAGAGAGAGAUGGAGAGAGGUAAGACACUACAGAGAACGGACAAAUCAAGAAGAUGGACGAACAGACAGACAGACAGAUGUUGUUUUUUGUCUUUCAGUGAGUUGGCCUACAAGCUCCCUGAACCCAGCUUUCCGCCCACAGACAACCUGGGCUCCACAGAG